AUGGCACACAUGAGGACCAAGAUAGAUCUGCUCACGAAGCAUAUUGUUGCGAGUUCUGAAAAGGUAAAUGUUGUAGGAACUCCAAAUAAGUAUGAAGAUCAAGACAUUGAUCUAGAUGAGGAGGCUAAAUACUUGGGCAACCAAGGUGGUUUCCGGAAUUAUAACUCGGGAAACCAGGGUUACAAUUUUGGAAAUGCAGUUCAGAACUACUCAAGGGAUAGACAGUAUGACAGACCGGGAACUAGAGAGCAGGGAAACUGGCAGAAUAGAGAUGGGUAUAGAAAUGAUCGCAAUGGUGUGUAUGUGCCCCCAGGGGUGAAGGAGAUGAGAGGUGACUUUUCCAAUAUGAGUCAACUAGUAGAUUAUCACACUACCUCCAUCAAGCAAAUAGAGCAGCAGUUGGGGCAACUUUCAGCAUCACUGAACCAGAGGAAGAAUGGGUCACUACCAAGUGAUACUAUUCAAAAUCCUAAGAAGGACGGGCAUUGCAUGGCUAUCGCCACCAGGAGUGGUAAGAUUCUUAAUGACCCAAUUUCUUCAGGUACUAAAAACGAACAGGUGGUGGAGCAAACUGGAAGAGAGGAGACCAAAGCUGAACAUGUAUAUGACUCAGAGGAUGCUCAACCAAUAGAAAAACAAGAAGGAGCACCAUAUAAAGGGGUUGAGGGAACUAGGCGUUUGCAGCAGAUCCCAAGACCACCUUCUCCUUUCCCUCAAAGGCUUAAAAAGAAAGCCGAAGAUGGAAAAUUUUCUAAAUUCAUCACCAUGUUGAGACAGUUAUCAGUGAAUAUCCCAUUGAUGGAAGCACUAGAGCACAUUGCUAUAGCUACCAGAUCUCUGGUACAGAAGAAAGAGGAUCCGGGUGCAUUCACCAUAUCGUGCACCAUCGGAUCAAUCAAAUUUGUGAAGGCCUUGUGUGAUUUAGGGGCCAAUAGGUCAGUGAAGCAACCUGUGGGCAUCCUAUGUGAUGUGCUCGUAAAGGUGGAGACAUUCAUCUUUCCCGAAGACUUCGUGAUCUUGGAUUGCGAAGUGGAUUUUGAGGUUCCCAUAAUUUUGGAAAGAUCAUUUUUGGCCACAGGACGAGCAUUGGUAGAUGUUGAGAGAGGAGAACUAAAGUUCAGACUCAACAAAGAAGAGGUAAAGUUUAAUAUUUGCAAGUCAAUGAAACAGCCACAUGACAUGAAUGUGGUGUCUUCGAUAGAAGUUAUUGAUGAAAAAGAGAUGAGAGCAACCAUUGAGGAGAGGCUGGCUGUUGAAACAUUAGCAGUCGUGUUGAUGAAUUUUGAAGUAGAUUUCUGGACUAAUUAUGUGGAAACCAUAAAUGCCUUACGGGGUAUGUAA